AUGGCACUUGCGGCAGGCCUAUUCUACUUAGCAGAGUUAGUAGAGGAGUACACAGUCAUGGCAAAAUAUAUUAUCACAUGGAUUGUAAUAGUAACAACCACCAUAUAUAUUGGAUUGAUAGUAUUUGAGGAUAUUCCUUUAUAUUUAAACUUAAUAGGUCUAUUCCAACAGUUACUCUAUGGUUUUUUGUUAAAAAAAUUCCCAGUAGUGCAGGUCUACAGCAUUACGUUUAUAUUAGCGUUGGCAAAUUUAAUAGUACAUCACUAUUUCUCGUUUAAACAUUUCGGAAGUAAUCAAUAUACAUUUUCUGAGAUGCUUGGAUACUACACGAUAUGCCUCUGGGUGGUCCCAUUUGCGUUAUUUGUAUCGCUGUCAGCUAACGAUUAUGUGUUGCCAACUACGGGGGAGCGUCAACAUUUAUUGGAUGACGACAACGUUGUAACAGACUAUUUAGCUCGAAAAGCGAAACGGUACAGCCUUCUAUCAUUUUUUAGCUUUGCCAAAGACUCGAUAUUACCACAAAGAAAUAAAAAAUCUUUU